ACCUGGACCACAAGGAUUACAAGGACAAAAGGGCGAGUCAAAUAUGCAGUUGAAUGUGCGUCUAGUACCUGGGAGAAACAGAGGAAGAGUGGAAGUCAUGCAUAAUAAUGUUUGGGGUACUAUCUGCGAUGACUCGUUUGACCUUCUGGAUGGAAGAGUGAUCUGUAAGAUGCUAGGGUUCCAGUCUGCUAUUCACCACUUCACUGCUGCCCCUGGUGUCGGUAAGAUAUGGCUGGAUGAGCUGCAGUGCACAGGAACAGAGUCUGAUAUCUUUAACUGUCGUCACUCUGAAGUUGGUGUUCACAACUGUAAGCAUAAUGAGGAUGUGGGGGUGCAAUGUGCAUAGACGGAGACCGAAGAUGGAGUUUACUGCGUAAACAGAGUUAUAUUAGACUGCAGCGUGCUUCAGAAUAUAUGUUUUUUUUUUUAUUAUUUUUAUUAUGUUUUUUUUUUUUUUGCUUUGGUCAUUUCAUUUCGUUUGUACAAUUUAUCAUCCAUAACAUUCCAGACACAUUCUUAAUGGAGUAAGUCCUUUAUAUAAUACCUGACCAACAGCUUCUUGGACUUGGAAAGCCAAGUCACCAGUCAGACAUUUGGCCUUCUAGGUACAUUUUGUACUUAUUUUUGGAGCAAAUUGUAAAGUCUUGGGAGGGGCCAGAAGUUUUUUUCCAUAUUCAUGAUACAGAUGCUACAUUU